AUGGGUAUCAAGGGUCUUCUUCCAUUCUUAAAAAAUGCAUCAGUUCCUAUUAAUCUAGCCGACUUUAGUGGUUAUGUUGCUGCUGUGGAUGUUUACUGUUGGAUCCAUCGAUCUUCAUAUGCAUGCGCUUCCGAUCUAGCACUUGGGAUUCCAACUGACCAAUACGUCCGGUAUGUUGUUAAGUACAUCAACCUCAUGAAGUCAUGCAAUGUUAAACCAAUCCUUGUAUUUGACGGCUCAGAUUUGCCAUCCAAGGCCGAAACGGAUUCAAAACGUCGAGAGACCAAAGAGUUAAAUCGAAAAAAAGCUGCAGAAUAUCUUAUGAAGGGAGAUAAGGCAGCUGCGCAAGAGUGCUUUGAAAGGUCGGUGUUCGUCACUUCCGAAAUGGCAUACGAGGUUCUUCGAGCUGCUCGUAACAUGGGUGUUGAUUGUGUUAUCGCACCAUAUGAAGCAGAUGCUCAACUAGCGUAUCUUAAUCGGACGGGUUAUGCCGACUUUGUCAUCACUGAAGAUUCUGAUUUAUUAUUAUUUGGAUGUAGACAGGUUGUAUUCAAACUUGAUUUAUCGGGAUCAGGGGUUCUUGUAGCAGCCGCAUCUGGUUUAUGUGAAUGCUGUGGAAUUCCUGCUAGUCAAUUCACCGAAUCAAAAUUUAGGUUUAUGGGCAUUAUGGCUGGCUGUGACUAUUUUAGUGGAAUUCCUGGCAUAGGAUUAAACACUGCUGCUAAAAUAUUACGUCAGACCCGCAUAACAAAUUUCAGAGAACUGUUGUCGAAAUUGGGGUUUUAUACCAAACUUAGUAAUAAUGCUCUUGCGAAGGAUGAUACAGAAGUUGUGAAUACUAAAAAUACUCGUGACAAACGACAGAACGUAAAAACAGCUAAUUACAACAAAAGUUCCCAAAUAAGUGAAUCACUCCUUAAUGCUGCUGUACGUGCAGAGCGAACGUUUCGACUUCAAGUCAUCUUUGAUAUCGCAUCUAGAUGUCAGAAGCGGUUCAGUGAACCUACUCCUGAGGAUAUAGAUGAGGAAUUACAUAAUUUAGAUGAGUUGAAAGGAUCAAAUGAGGACGAAGUUGACCUCUUUAGUUAUGCAGGACGGGUUUUAAAAGACAAUCAGAAAGCGUUCAAUCGAGCUCUUGGAAAUAUCAGCUAUUCUGAUGAUACCAUUAUAGAUAAUUACUACCCUUGUACAUCAAAAAAUAAUUCAAUGCAAGUAAAUGGAGCCAUCAUCGGACAUUCAACUAUUCAAACAAAAGUACAAUCAUCAGGAUUACGACCUAAUCCCGAUCGUUUGAAAAUAAGCAUAUGGGAUAAAAGUUAUCCUAUUCAGAAAUUUUGGCUUCGUCGUUCUCAGAAUGGUUGCAUUGAACCGGUUUCAGAAUUCUCGUCAAUUGAUUCAGACUUUUCUUCUACAGGGAAAGAAAAUAAAGACCCGGUUGAGAAAUCACCUAUAAAGAAAUUGGAAUUGAAGAAGACACAGUCAACUUGUGGACGUCGAAUACUGGUUCCUGCAGCUAUUCAACAAAGUCUUAAAAACCUAAGAAACAGUAUGUCUGUUCCACAAAUCGAACAUCAGGAUUCUCCUAAGCGCCCAUGUCUUGGACUCAAUAACUCUACAGUAGAUGACACUUCCGAUGUUUUGCAAGUUUACGGUCAAUCGGAAGAAUUUCCAGUUACACCUAAACUUAGAGACCGAAAUCAUCUUUCAUCUUCCAUUGUUUCUGCUUCUGGUUACUUUGCAAUUCAAGAGAAAAGUGAUGUUCCAAAAGCUAUAGACGAUGCCAUCAAUAAUUCGCUGAAUGAUGAUAAUGAUGAUCUUGGUCGUUCUCAAACUUCUCGUAGCCCAGUAUUUUACAAGGCUAAUUCAAAUCCGUUUCGAAUAGCCUCCGAAUCAUAUUUAUGCAAAUCAAAAGAGAAAGUUGAUAAUAAUUUCGAUAUUUCUGUAAUGUUAAAUGAUGAACGUAAAGACUGUUCUUCCAUUGUUUUCAGCAGUAAUAUGCAGUCUGGCUGUCGACUCUCAUUAGAUUUCAAAUAUUCUCAAUACAAGAAACCCUGUCAACUGUGGGGAAAUUCUUCAUCGAUUGAGUCAAAUAAUAAACAGUCCAAUUCUUCAGAUUCUCUGACACCUGACCUUAACAAUAACCGAAGUUCGAGUGUACAAAAUCCUCAUAAUUCCGAUGUUGCACUACCGAACGCAAGCAUUUUAGAUUUAAAACACAAUAGCAUCUCAAAACUAUCAAAUAACAAUCUUAACAGUAAGCAACACUCUUCACAUUCAAAGAUAUCUGGCAAAAAUCGUUUACCAUCUUUACAAUCUUCAACUUUGGAUUCUUUUUUCAGAAAUGGAAAUUCAAAUAAACCUACCAAUCUUUAA